AUGAAUACCAUCGACGGUUCCGACCGUCACGUCAAGACAGACGAAGCCCCGCCGCCGUCAUUGCUUGCGAUCGUGCUCGAUACCAACCCGCAUGCGUGGGCGCAUCUAUCCUCGACCCUCUCACUUUCGGCCGCCCUAGCCAACAUCCUCGUCUUCAUCAACGCGCACUUGGCCUCGGGAAACGCCAAUGAAGUUGCCGUGAUAGCUUCACAUUCGCAUAAGACGACAUUUCUCUAUCCAACUCCUGCGGAGCCGCAGCCUCAACUACGGGGUGGGCAUACAAAUGGGCAUGCACAGACGAAUGGACAUGGAAAGGACAAGGAAGGCCAUAUGGCAGAGAGUGCGAACAAGUACCGGCCGUUCGCAGUUGUAGAAAGUGCCAUCCUACGCAACUUUGCCAAACUACUCAACGAGACGAAAGAGAGCCAUCUGGAAGCAACACCAACCACGCUCAUCGGUGGUGCCCUCUCAAUGGCCCUUACCCACAUCAACAAGCAGACCAUCCUGCAUGCUCCCACGGCCGCCUCCGCUGAGAGCACAUCUCUCGCGGCACUCGCCGACUCGGAAAACACCCACGUCGACCGCGUGCCCCUCACAUCUCGCAUCCUCAUCGUAUCCGUAUCCGGCGACCUUGCCAACCAGUACAUACCCGUCAUGAACUCCAUCUUUGCCGCACAAAGAAAGCGAAUACCUAUAGAUAUCUUGAAAUUGGCUGGCGACACUGUGCUGCUGCAGCAAGCAAGCGAUGCGACUGGAGGUGUAUACAUGAAGCCGGAUCGCCCAGAGGGCCUGCUACAAUAUCUGAUGAUGGCAUUCUUACCAGAUGUAACAGCGCGGACAAGUCUCAUAGUUCCCAGCGCCGGCGGUGUCGAUUUCCGUGCGGCGUGUUUCUGCCAUAGGAGGGUUGUUGACAUCGGUUUUGUCUGCAGUGUGUGCUUAAGCAUCUUCUGCAACCCGGAUCUUCCUGAUAACCUGUGCCUGACGUGCGGCUCCUAUCUAUCGCUGCGCAGUGCUGUCAUGAACCCGCCGGCAUUGAUACCACGCAAAAAGAAAAAGAAGAAGAAGGCCGGGACGGAUUCUGCAACACCAGGGGCAAACACUCCUGUAGGAUCUGGUACUCCACUCCAUGGUUGA